AUGCCUGAUUGUCGUUACGAGUCCACACAGGUCCUCGUUUCGAUCGGUGAAGAUGAACAGUUCACUGUGACCGGAACAAAAGUAAUCGAUCCGGGCUAUACCCGGGUGCUCACCUGGCAAUCCGUGGAGGAAAAGACACUCCCGGACGCGGCCUUGAUUCGUGGUGCUCGUCUCACCCUGGCCGAUGAACCGACUUUGAUUGAGGGGCAAACGGGACCGCCGGACUAUCUGACAGAGGCGGAACUAAUCACUGCGAUGGAGCGUCAUGGCAUCGGAACGGAUGCGUCUAUCCCGACACACAUUGAAAAUAUUGUUCAACGUGCUUAUGUCCAACUGAUUUCCGGUCGGCGACUGCAGCCGACCCCGUUGGGAAUUGUAUUGGUCCAUGGCUAUCAGGCCAUCGAUCCUGAAUUGGUGUUACCCCAUAUGCGUCGCGCGGUCGAAGAGCAGCUAAACUAUAUUGCUCGGGGCCAGGCUCAGUUUGAACAAGUACUUCAAUUUGUCACGGCCAUUUUUGCGGCCAAAUACCGGUACUUUGUUGAACGGAUCAGCGCGAUGGAUCAACUGUUCGAAGUUUCCUUCUCCAGUCUGGCCGAUACGGGCAAGCCUCUAUCCAGGUUGGUUUUGUGCUGA